AUGAAGAGGUUCUUCUGUGCUAAGGCUGGGUAUAAGCAGAAACCAAACAGUGGUGUUAAGCUUUAUUCAAAGAUUGAUAUGAGGACUGGAUGUGGUGCAUUUGUUCAAUUUGAUGUGGGGGGUGAUGGGAUGUGGACAGUUACAAAACACUUGAAAGAGCACAAUCACGAGUUAUGUUCAUUUGGCAAGAGUCAUCUGCUUCGGUCGCAUAGAAGAGUGGGAAACAAUCAGCUUGAAUAUUUAAAAGACAUGAAGAGUAGUGGUGUUGCAUUGGCGGAUGGUAUGAGGAUGGUUACAAAAUAUAAUUGUCAUAAGAAUACAUGGCUAGAGAAGCUUUAUGACUGUAGGGAGAAGUGGUGUCCAGCGUUCAACAAGGAUUAUUUCUCCGGGGGUAUUUUAUCUUCGCAAAGGAGUGAAAGCACAAAUCAUGCAAUUUCUAGGAGGCUGUCCAAGACUGCUGGUUUAUGUGAUUUUUAUUCAUCCUUUGUGAGUGUUAUAUCUGAAUGGAGAAGUAAGGAAAAUAGCGAGGAUUUCCGGUGUUCUCAAGGAGUACCCGCCAUGAUGAUGGAUCAUGUGAAACUCCUUUCACAUGCUAGAGAGUGCAAGUAUCACGUGUGGCGACCAGACAUAGAUAUCAUAAGGCAUGAAGUAACCUUUAAGGCAAUCAAUUUGGAUAUAUGCUGUAGUUGCAAGCUGUUUUCAGAAUUGGGAAUACUUUGCUGCCACUGCUUACGUAUACUUCAUGUGCACUGUGUUUCCAAUAUUCCCGAUAAAUACAUUCUAAAAAGAUGGACUAAAAAGGUUGUUGAGGGUAGAAAUGUGGACAUUGCAUCUGUGUUUUAUAAUGGUGGUGUCCCUUCUUCAAUUUGGGCUGUUGAGAUUAGUAGGAAAUUUCAAAGGCUUAUUGUUUCUAGCCAAGAUAACAGUGUUGCUAGACAAUUCUGUGAUGAAGCCGUUGAGAAUGCAAGGAAAAACAUUGAAGCUGAGAUUGGGGAUGUGAACACUGAGGAGGGUGUUGUGUCUUCGUCAAGUGGUAUUGUCCAAGACCCCUCAAGCCGCAGGGGUAAAGGUGUGAGAAAUAAAAGGAGUAGCAGUGUUAUUGAGAAGAAGUACAAUGCAGCAAGGGGAAGAAAGAGUGCUGCAAACAAGCUUGCUUCAAUUACAAAGGGCUCUGUCCAAUCAUUGGUCUUGGAAAAUAUUUCAGAGAUUGCUCGUGAUGGAUAUCUUGUACAUCCAAGCACCGGGGGUUCACAAUUUGUUCAUUUUAAUAAGAAUGUAGACCACGAUGUAGCUAUAGAUUGA